AUGGCUGCGACUGGGAUGGGAGCAGAUACGCCGCCUAUUGAACCACCGAGACAAAUGCUAACACUUACUUCGAGCCCUUCCAAUGAUGACAAAGAAGAUGUAGAUAAGCACGAGUACAGAGCCGACGAUGAGGAGGAAGAUGAAGUUGACGAUGGUUUCAAUGAUAUCCCUAUAUCCACGAUUGCUAGUGAUAAUGAGUCGAGUGACUUUAGCGCAGACGAAAUGACUAGGACCGGUGAUGUAAGCCCCCACGAGUUUGCAAAACAGAGGUCUGAUGUCCACGUUUCGGCUAAUCCUGCUGGUUUCGACACGGAUGCUCGUGUAUUACAGGAUAUCGCUCUUGAGCACCACACUGUUAUUCAAGACACAACCGUUGUCAAUAAAUACUUGUACGACGAUCAUGAAGACAAGCAAAAGGCGUCUGACAAUGUACAUAGUUACAACAAUAUGAUGACUGUUGCUGAGACUACGUCGUCGGCAGUUAUUGACCGCGUGACUGUAUCAACACUGGAACCUGUAGCUAGUGAUGAUACGAGAGAGAUUGGUGACAGCAUAUAUAGCCACAUAUCAUGUAACAGAAGCCAACAUGUAAGCAGAGAAGGUGUGGUAGAUUCGAAGCUCACGCACCAGCCGAUAGACAGAAGCCUUCAUGACGAAAAUGAUGAGAUCAUGAACGACGAUGGAAAGGAUGAGAAAUUGUCCGCCAAGAAAGGUCGGUCUUCAACGGUUGAAGAAUCACUCAGCGAUACAGGACAACUUAUGGAGGUUGAGCCGGAGGAGGACCGAGUCAUUGACACUCCGACGAGAGGAGAUGUGGACCCCUUUCGUGAGUCGGAGGAUGAAAAGAGUAGCAUCGAAUGCGAAAAGCAACACUCGCUACAGGAGUCUUCGAUCGUAUCAGCAGCUCCGCUCAUUGCUGUAGAAGGUCAGAAUGGUGCGAAUGGCAGAUCAAACGCAAUGAAGGCUACUAGCCCUUUGAAGGCAACUAAGAGAAAACAAAGCUUGUCACCCCGACGUGAUUCAGCUGAGGAAUCUGACACGGAAGAGACAGGUGAUAAUGGUGGUCAUCCGUCUUCUGCAAGUAGUGUUGCUUUCACUCAAACUCCUAGACGGUCAACGCGUAUUAGUCCGAAAAAGCUGAAGAAAACGCCAACUUCUCCGAAAUCUUCACAACCGAAGCCUUUGCGCCGAUCUUCUCGAGUGAAGGUGGAAUCACCAAAGUUUACGUAUCUUGCGAAUAGAGAGCAUGGGAGCGGCGGUUCGUCCUCAGCAACAAAAGCCAGGGUUCGUAAGCGUACGAAUCAUGUGACGACCUCGAAUGGUGUUGUUGCAAGAAAGCAGAAGGACUUUCAAGCCGUAGGGCGCGGUAAUUCGCAACUGGACGAAGUAGAAGACGACGAAGACAAGGCACCAGUACCAUCAUCUGCAGCAAUGAUACAGAGGAUUAAAUCCGAAGAUGGGUCUAGUCAACAAGGCUUAGCUUCAUCGCUUGUGCAUCUCAUGGGGACCGAAGCACUGGCAGCUAAACUGAAAAGCGCUUUCCAACGUACUUCAUUUGCUGGAAAUGCACCAAUUUCUCGGUUUCAGGAGUUGAUUGAAGACGACGUCACUGGCUUGCGGCACCUGAAUGUGUUCAACUUACUGGAUGCUGUAAACCAAUUGGAUGGCCCAAUCACGCAAAUUCGUUUGAAGCUGCCCGGUGUUCGUCGUACGACGGGACAGGAUCGAGUGGAACCAGUGUCAAAAGCAAAAGCCCGGAGCUUGGAAAGUUGUUCACUUCGCUUCCCGGCACCUCGCCGUGUUGCUGAACAAUUCAUUGUACCGUUGGCGAAGGAGCUGGGCCUCGAGUAUGCAAUGCAACAGCACACCGCCACUUUGAUGAACUGCCCUCUUGCGGAUUCUAUUGUAGACUGGCGAUUCCAUCGGACCGAGACUGUAGUGUUUCAGCUUGGUGGCAAGUCGGUCUGGAAAAUAAAAAGGAGUCAAGUGGAGCAUCCGCUUCAGUGUUUUCACCCGGAAUCAUGGCAGCUAGACAAUAUGACUCAUGUUGUUAAAACGCAUCGUGUGGCUACGAUAGACAAAGCUACGUUAGGAUUUCUAUCCACGCCAGCUGAAGACCUCGAUGUAUUUGACAAGCCGAGAGACCAAGAGGCUACUACGCAAGGCCAUCACUUGCUAAAGCCUGGAUCGGUUGCGUAUCUUCCUGCUGGCACUUGGUUUGAAGUUAAAACGCAGGGCCUGAACGCGCUGUGGAUCGAGGUUCAGCUAGCCUCAAUGACAUACGAGAACUUGAUGUUUUCAGCCUUGAAACAAUUAGCUUGGGGUGACAAGCAGUGGCGGAUGGGAGUACAGCUAUAUCCAGGCAACCGUGGUCAAUUCAAGGCAACGCGACACCACGUGGAAGCAUGUCUUAAGUCUCUCCGUAAUAAGAUGACCGAGCUAGAAGGUGGCGAUUUACUGCCGGAGUAUCGUGGUACUGACGAUAUGCAUGAUCUCGUUGCUCGUGGUUUAAUCCAUGACACGGGCAUGUCUCCAUACUUGACAAGAAACAUUGAAGUGGAUUUGACAAACCCCAAAUUUAAGCUGAAGCAUGAAAAGAUCUACAAAGAUGCAGCAUACCGAGUGAAUCCGGUUGCCGUUCUCAUGAGCGUAGCUGAGAUUCCACAUUUACCCGUUCACGAAAGCGUAAAGUGUACUGGUGCAGAGGACCGAACCUCCGGAACAGUGCGGACGCCGCACCGUGCACUGAUAAAGGCUUUAAAGCCCAAAUCGAAACAAAUGCAGGCGCUUCGCACGCUCACUCAUUGUGGCAAACACACGUACAUGCUCGACGAGCUCUUCGGCAAUGAUAAAUUUCAGUCGCAAUUGCAUGUCAAGUUCCAGUGUUCCGCAGAGGAUUCGAGAAUGGUGGAAUGGCUUCGUCACCGAGGCUCCGAGCCUUUUGAUGUGGAGGAAUUCAGUAGUUGUGACUCGACAUUCCACUAUGGCACAAGGCCAGCCCGAGAUAAGGAAAGUGCCAAAAAUUUGCUGCGAUUUCUAUGCUUCGUAGGGUACGUUACUCGAUUGAAAGCGCCAUAG